AUGGCCAGCCUGAAAGUGACAUCCGACAUCUCAACCAAGACCAUAGGCGUCAAGAGCCCUGAGAUUCAUUAUACGGAACGCUCGGCUGUUCGCGUCGUUGUAAAAGGAAGCGAUAACCAGGUGAUCAUCAUCAAAGCCACUAAGGGAAGUUAUUACAAGCUCCCCGGCGGCGGCGUUGAACCAGGCGAGGACCAUCGACUUGCUGCCAAGCGUGAGGUGGAGGAGGAGACCGGCUGCAAAGUCCAAGUGCUGGGCGACUGCAUCGCAACAACUGAGGAGUUCCGGAACGACCUCCACCAAGUAUCGUAUUGCUACCGAGCCGAGCUGCUUGACAAGGAUGGGAAACCAGAGCUUACAGAGGAUGAGGUGGCGGAUGGAUUGAGCCAUGAGUGGGCUUCUGUGAAGGACGCCCUGCGGCAGAUGUCUGCGGUGGAACCGACCUCUGAACUCGGAAGGUUUAUUAAGGAGAUAGACAUUUUCCUCUUGACUGAGGCGAGCAGAUUGGGUUGA